AUGGCAGUCUACUUUGGCAGGGGAGCUUCAUACGAUACCAUAUACAAUCAAUUUAGGAAAUACCGGCAGGAGGCAGAUUUGAUGGUCCCAAACGGCCUUAGGCGGACGGCUCCGUCUACCCCCAAUCGUCGUCGGCCUGCGACUACAUCUACUCCACGGAGUGGAAGAGGUAGCGUUACCAAGUCUGUUUCUGCAACGAAAACGGCAUAUACCAAGGCAUACCUUGAAACACCUACCAAAAAGGGCAUCAUUAAGAAGGAAGGAAACCGCGAUGAUCCAAUUGUACUCGAAGAUGAAGACGACAAUGACGCGUUUGUCGUCAAACGUGAGAGAGAGGACGCCAAACCGAGUGCCGCAGCCAGCGAGGUAAAGCGUGAACCCGUUAUAGCGAUGGAAGCUAUUUCGACGCAGUGGUAUGACCAAGGAUUCGGGCGAUUGCACAUAUGUUUCAGCUUCUGGGAUAUUUGGUGA